GUGUACUCGGAAUCGUUUCAAUGACGGACGAACACGCAGCAGCGUUCAUCUCUGUUUCAGUACUCAGGGCGCGUUCACUCGAAGUGGUUAUGCACAUGCAAUAAAGAAAAAAUUCGCAGUUUGUGACAUCAAAGCACGAUAGACGGUAUCGAGUAUCGAGCGAGAAAAAUUAUACGGUUGGAUCUUUAACCAGUAAAUCUUCUAGUGAUUUCGGCGAUUUUCUGACAGCUCGUUUUCAGAAGAAACGAAAACACCGCGAAAACACCGAAAAACUAGGAAGACUCCUCGUGGGUUUACAAGUGAAAAUCUGGACCCUGGCGUGUCAUAUAGUUAUGAGAAGCAAGAAGACGGAGCGUGCAUGCUGAGGCGACCGACGUUUAGUGACUUUUCCAAGGUCGACCGGAAAGUCCUUAUGGUAGGUGAGGGGCGUGAACGAUCUUUCCCGAGCGAGAUCCAGAGGCUGAAGGGCUGGCCCCGACGUUGGAUCCACUCGGCCAGCACCUACAUUUAGAAUAACAACGAUGACCGAUCGUAACGAGAACCUGCUAUUAAAACCAACGAAUCAACUCAACGUGCAACAGGUACCUCACAAAUCUGCCUGCAAUUGGAACAACAAUAACGAUAUUCGCAACAACGGCUCGACGAACUUGAUCAAAAGAGACGGACUAACCGCAAGAGAUCCAAAUUAUUAUCCACGAUCGAACAGCUAUCAGAGAGAUCAAACAAAUUCGAAUUAUCGUUUGGCGAGAAAGGCGCCCAUCGUUGGCUGGCAAAAUGGCAGUCCAACGGUAUUUCCAAGCACACCGUGCGGCACACCAGAUCCAGAAACGCACGAUACGAUCGAUUUGUCUCGUUCCCAAAGCGUCGCCUCGUCUACGAAAUAUUCAGAGAUCGAUCCAGAUUCCGGGAACACCGAAGACCUCAGUAGUUUGGCGGACGAAAGACUUCUUCAGUCUACACCAGCUCAUACCAUCGAUCGAAGCGUGGAAUCGCUGUCACCCGAUAAGGACACUUUCUUAACGACAUCUCCGGAAAUUGGCAAAAGCAAGGAUCUGAGUUUGACCGACGAUAUAGAGGACAAGAUCGAUCUACUGAGUCCUGGAACGGAUUGCACGGAGGACAGAGCACCACCUACUCCUAUUGGCAAUAGUUUCCUGGCCUCGCCGAAUCUUACGAUAGGACCUACCCCUGUCAAUAAAAUCGAGUUAAUAUUAGCAACCCCGUUACCCAACGAGUUGCGCCUAUUCCAAGAAAACGAGGGAUCCAACAAUUGCAGAUAUUCGGAGACAAGGCCGAUAAUCAUCCCUAAUCCUGGCUACAGAGACGACACGAGGGAUUCUAUCGAUUCCGAUAGCACUUUAGAGGACGAAUUAACCAACAAGGGAAAAAGGAAACCUAAAGUGCCAGAUGGUGGAUGGGGUUGGGUGGUCGUAUUGGCUUCUUUGGUCAUCUCCAUGAUAGCCGACGGAGUGUCCUUCAGUUUCGGCCUUUUGUACAUCGAAUUCCUCAAAGAAUUCGGUGCGUCUAAGUCGAAAACAGCCUGGAUAGGUUCUCUUUUUAUGGCUGUACCGCUUUUGUCCGGUCCUAUAAUGUCGGCCUUGGUAGAUCGUUACGGAUGUAGGAGUAUGACCAUCGUAGGUGGCCUGAUCUCAGGAAUAGGCUUCGUGUUGAGCUCUUUUAGCAAUUCCAUCGAGGUAAUGUAUUUGACUUUUGGAGUCAUCGCUGGUCUAGGUUUGGGUUUGUGUUACGUCACUGCGGUCGUGAGCAUCGCGUAUUGGUUCGAUAAGAAGCGAACCCUAGCUGUAGGAUUGGGCGCCUGUGGCACAGGGAUCGGUACCUUUCUGUACGCACCCAUGACCACGUACUUCAUCGAGGAAUAUGGCUGGAGAGGCACUUGCUUGCUGCUAGCAGGCACCUUCUUCAACAUGAUCGUUUGUGGUACGGUAAUGCGCGACCCUGAAUGGUGGAUCUUGGAACAGGAAAAGCAGAACGGUGCAACCCCGAAAAAGUCGACGACCAAGUCCGAAUGCGAUAGAUCCAGUAUCAGCCCUGCAGACGAGUUUCCUGGGAUCGAGGAAUUGAGAAGGAUGCUAAAGAGCGGACAUACGCCGGAGUAUUUGUUACAGAUUCUCAGCACCACCACGGACGGUCCACAGACGGCGAACGGGGAUAUUAGAUUUAGAAGCGUGGUUAAUCUACCUACUUUCGUAAAGCACAAUGAAAAGGUGCCCGUGGAAGUAUUAGAAUCGCUUUCCAGUAACCCGAGACUGUAUAAGGUCAUUUUGGAGAACUAUCCCAACCUUCUAUCAUGUAGAAGUUAUUCGGAUAAAAUGCUACAAGAUUCCACUGGAGAAGUCGGCAAUAAGAGUGUCGUCACAAUGUCUAUGAGGAUCAAACAAGCACCUGACGAAUCAAAACAUGACAAUUCGCACGCAACGAAUAAUAUUCACUCAGGAUCUGCAUGCAACACCAUAAAGAAUCACAUAACGAAAAAAAUAUCUAAAAAAGAAUCAGAAGAAGCCAAUCCUCUCUUGAUCAAAGAAUUUGAGUAUGCAAUGAGCGAAGGACGAAAAUCAAAAUCGAUUUCUAAACAACGCAUAGCGGAUCUUAGUUGUGGAGUCGUCAGAACGGAUUCUCUGCCGUGGUUAAGAAGACAAUUUAAUACCAAUACUCACCAUUUUAAAGAUAUUAGAGUUCACAGGAACUCGGUCAUGUAUCGUGGUGCUGCUCUUAAUUUGCACAAAUACAGAUUAAGGGCCAGUAGUUGUCCUGAUAUUUAUAGGAAUAGUAUGACUACGUUAGCCAAAGAAAACGAAGAGAAAUGGUACAGCGAAUUAGUAGAUUUACUGAAAGGUAUGAUGGACUUUUCAAUGUUCCUGGAACUGCACUUUUUAUUCCUCUCACUGUCAACGAUCUUGCUGUUCACUUGGUUUAUCGUGCCUUACUUUUAUCUUGCCGAGCAUCUUACCAGAAACAGUUACAUCGAGUCUGAUGCUGCGAAUCUCCUUAGUAUUAUCGGCAUUACUAAUACGAUUGGAAUGAUUGGUCUUGGAUGGGCAGGAGAUCAGCCUUGGAUGAAUGUUAGUAAAACCUACACUUGGUGUCUAGUUGCUUGCGGCGUGGCAACGAUUUUAAUGUCAACGUUAACUCCUUAUUAUAAUCUGCUGAUGGUCACCUCGGCAGCGUUCGGUCUCUUUUUCGCGAGUAGCUUUAGCUUUACUCCUGUUAUAUUGGUAGAGUUGAUACCUCUAGAGAGAUUCACCACUGCCUACGGCCUUAGUUUACUUUGUCAAGGUAUAGGAAAUCUUCUUGGUCCACCACUGGCUGGUUGGAUAUUUGACGUAACAAAUUCGUGGGACUUGUCUUUUUGUUUAGCUGGUGGAUGGAUUGUUAUUUCUGGGUUUUUGGUAGGCCUUAUUCCGUACACAAAAAAUCGGAAGAUUUGGGGUAAAGGACCCAUCGAAAUGGAGCGUGAGAGAGAUAGUAUAGCUUGAAUUUAUUCUUAAUCGAUUCAACUCUCACUUUUAACAAAGACUACCGAUGGAAUUGUUGAUUGAUAAUUUACUGUUAUUUUAAUUGUCGAAAGAAGGAAAAUAUUAAUUGUCGCAUUAAUUUUUCUCUAAUCUAUAAUGACUUUAUCGUCAGAUUUCUUUUUAUUAAAUGGACAUACUUUAUAUACAGUGAUAAUAAUAAUACUUAUUGAUCCGUAAUAUUUAUAAAAUAAACCGUAGAAUGUACAUAUGUUAAUAACUUAAAGUUAUUUAAAUUGCAGUGAAAUAUAGUUAAUUGUAUUUGAAAUUCACUGAAGAAAUCAUAAUAUACGAAGAAUUAGCAAAGGUACAAAGAAACAAUGAAUGUAUCAUAAGAUUUUUUAUCAUGCGGCAAACAUAAUUGAACAUCGUAUUUCACUAUUUAAUUAUUUUAUGGAUUUAUUACAGUUUGAUUUAUUCAAUAGAAAUACAAAUGCAUCCUAUCUUUUAAAUUGCAAUUUAUCUUUCGAUUAAUACGUGCGAUGCGUGUUGCUCGCAUAAAUGUAGAUAUGAGAUGAAUGAUGUAAACGAAUAUCGAUAUGCAAUUGGUAUAUAUUAUUCGCUGUUGUUCCAACAGUACAAAACUAUAAAAUACAUAUUAUUAACUUUUCUUUAAAAAAGAUUAAUUCACCAAUAAUUUUAUUAAAAUACAAAAUUCUUUCUUAAAAACAAAUAAAAGAAUAAAAAAAGGAUGUUUCUAAAAAAGGUGCUCGUAAUUAAAAGAAGCUUGCUUUGGUAAAUAUUUACAAAUUUUCUAUAUACGUGUAUUACUAGAAACACAUGUACUAACAUACAAAUAUAUACUAUUUGGUAAUUCAAUUUGAAUAUUUCUGAACGAGGAAGUGGCAAGCUUAACUGAAUUUACAUACUUAUAAAGGUGUUAAUGACAAAAAAAUCUUGCGUGUUCCGUCCGAAGGAACAAAAACGCGAGAUCUUUCGUGGGUAAUUUUAUGACGCCUGCUUUCGGACACAAGAGGCUAUUUUUGAGUAGAGACUUAUCAUUUAGAACGAUUUCUUUCAACAAUUCUAACAAUCUUUUCUAUUUUCUGUGUCUAUCGUGUUCUCAAUGGCCAUGCGUGUCAUAAAUCACGUUACCUCCGAGGCGUCAUUAGUACAUAUGAUGGUCUGAUCGAUUGCCUGGAAAAUCACCUGGAGUAUUGUUCGUGGCCUAAUCAUCUCGAGGCCUCGCGUUCGUCUAGAAAGCGUUCACUCUCUUCCUUUCAAGGACAUGGUUCGGACGCACGAUAGGGUAUAACGGUAUGAGUGAUAUCUAAAGAACAUGCCGAUUGGAUUUUCUUUAAAUUUGCUGUGAAUACCACCAGAUUGAUAUACUUCUAAACUUCUGCCUUAUAAUGUCCAAUAUAGAUAACAAAUUGAGAAAUCAAGUCUGCCAUGAUAAUUAAAACGAUGCAUAAUAAUUUUUCGCAUCGUUGUAACGAAACGUCCCAACUGUGAUCGCAACCAUUGUCAGGUAAAGGUUAGAAAAAUUGUGAAAUUAGCAAAUGUAUUCUCUAGUUAAUAAGUAUUCGGCAUUUAACUGUAUUAACGAAGAUUUUUGAAGUGCAAUGUUACCAUAUUAUACACCGUAAUGACAUAUUUCAAUUAAAAAAUAAAAAAAUAAAUCCAAUAAACUUAUUCGAUUUUUAAAAAUUUCUGUAUAGCUUUUAGAGAUAUUUAAUCGAUAUCAUGGUAGAGACGUAAGGAUACGUAACUAUAAUGACUCGAAUUUUACUUAAAUCUGCUGUAUCAAUAUGUACAUAAUUAUAUUUUUGCUUAAAUAGGCACCGUGUUAUUAGAAAUUUAACAAAAAUGUCAACAAUUAAUUGUUUCUAUUAUAUUAUAACGAAUGUUAUUAAAAAGUCUCGUUCUUAAAAAAGAUUGUGCUUAUAAAUAAUUAUGUCAUACGCAUAGAGCGUAUAAAAAUGGAUACAGUUCUUUCUCUACAAUUUCUUAAUAGUGUGUUAACUUCAUUUUCCGAUUUUUAUGUCAUUUAUUCCGUGUCUCUUGAGAAAAAAAUUUUAAAAAAAGAAUGCGCUUUAAGUAUAUCGUUCUUACAAAAUAAAUUGUCAAAGCUUUCCCUCAGAUUGAACUGAGAGUCGUAAAGUGUUAGUUUCUACUGUCGUUCUUCACUGUGGAUUGGAACGCUAGUAGCGCCUUCUUUCGUGUACCCACGCUUCACUAAAACACGACACGCAGGGGUACAAGAUAACAUCAAAUAUUUCACUUCUAAAGAUAUAAGUCAAUUGGUUGUCCAUAUUAUCCCGCUAUCACAUUUUAUACUCAAUAAUCAAUGAGAGUUUUGAUGCUGUUUGCAACAAUGUUAUAUUUAAUACUACAUAGCGUAACAGUGUCAAGUGUGAUAAUAAAUGUAAACUUUACCAGGAGUUUCUUGAAAGUAGAUUUGAAAUUGCGUAAAAUUAUACAUUAUCUUAAACAAUAAAUUAUACAUAUAUCUUUUCGAAGUCGA